AUGGGCGGCAUCAAUUCUGUAGCCAUUCGAUCCACUCCUCACGACGACGACGGAAAGCUUGAUCUCGAGAAUAACUACAACAACAACAACAGCAACUUCCAUUCGAGAGCUCUCGAGGGUGAAGAAGCAGAACGAGCCUUACAGAGAGCUCUCUUCAUUGGCACCACCAACACCAGCACCAACAGCACCACCACUACUGAUUCAUCACCAGCACCACCACACCACCACACCCACCGAUCAGGAUCUGUUGCUUCUGAGGGAUCACCCAAAUCCAUUCCAAUUUGGCUCGACAACACAACCACUUGUUACUUUCCGAACCGUAACAAUAAGAGAUCUUCCUUUCUUCCUCAACAACGAUCUUUUUGCACCACCAAAUCCACGCAGAAACCAGCACUUUUAUGUAAACGAGAAUCAGAGUCCACAUUGAAAUCAUCCGUGGAGUCCACCUUCAAUACGGAUUCCAUCUCUCUGAAUGGCUCGAAACGAAGUCAUUCUGCUAUUGGUCUCUCACUCUAUGAAAAGUCAUUACUCACAAGGGAAUUGAAAGCGAGUAUGAAUGAUCACUUUCAACCACAAAAACAACAAAUGGUUGAAUCGGCCUCCAUGUUACACUCAUCGGUUUCAACGUCCUCAUUCCUUUCUUCGAGUGAUCACAAUAGAAACAGUCCUAAGAAAGCAGCUGUGAGUGGUGGUGUUACGGAUCCAGUGAAUAAUAGCACACAAUCGUCGAGUGGUGUUGACAUUCCUCAACGUCGACGAAAAAAGAAUGGACCUCAGAAUUCUUCAUCACAAGAUUAUGACAGUGAUACAUCGACGUCCUCUUCUUCUUGUACCAAUUCACCCCCACAACCACUCUUUCUUAAAUACUAUGUCAAGAAGAAUAAUGGUGUUGUUUCAACCCAACAAGGAGAUUCAUGUGCAGAUGACUUGUACGAUUAUGGCAAAUCUGAAAAGAAUCAACGAAACUUUCGAUCUCAAUCACUUCCAAAUACGAAUACAGAACCUGGGUCUCCCAUUCGACCAAUGAAGAAGGUUAACUCAGAUAAUUUCGGUUGUGACUUCCUUCCCAUCAUUGUCACACCUCCACCCUCUUCACCUGAACUCACUUCGUCAACGCCACCUUUUCGAUCCGUGAGUCAAGAAUUGCAACAAGCCAAGAGAGAAAAACGAGCUCGACGAAAGAAGAAAUUACUCGAGCAACAAUUAAUCCACGAACAACAGCAACAACUCUUAGAACGCAGCAUGAAUAUGAAGUCAACCAUUCGAUCAAGCUCAGAAAUUAAGCUCAAAGAUAGUCCCAACAGCAAAAAGAAUAAUCAUGCAGAUCCUGCCCACCAAACACAUUGCACUCUUCCUUCCAUCUUUGAAAAAGUUCUUUCACAAACAAGAAACUAA